UCGGAUCAUUUGAAGGAAACCUCUUUGAAGACGUCACUUCCACAGCAAACCCUCUCCCAUCCGGAAAUCGCAAGCGUGACCGUCGUUUCGUGUCUGUAAUAGGCUUAAAAAUGCGUUACGUGGCCGCUUACCUCCUGGCAGUGCUCGGUGGCAACGCCAGCCCCUCCUCCAAGGAUAUCAAGCACAUCCUCGGGAGUGUUGGGAUAGAGGCCGAUGAUGAGCGUCUUGACAAGGUUAUCGGUGAACUGAAUGGAAAAGACAUCAAUGAAGUCAUGAACGCAGGUCUCUCAAAGUUAACCUCCGUGCCAGCAGGUGGUGCUGUCGUGGCCACUGCCGCAGCUGCAGCUUCAGGUGGAGGUGGAGCUUCUGCAGCUGGGGAAACCCCUGCCGCGGAAGAGAAAAAGGAGGAGAAGAAAGAGGAAUCAGAGGAGUCGGAUGAAGACAUGGGAUUCGGGCUCUUUGAUUAAUCUCUCUUUUUUGAUAAAAAAUAAAAAACAAAAAUAGGAAACUUCAAA